GACGCCGCCGAUAAAAGGAAAUCUCACGAUCGUAUCAUCUCCGAAACAAAAACUCGUGGAGGAGAUAUGCAAUUGCUGACGCUAAAUCCGGCGGCCAUUUCCAGGACGCCGCCGCAAGCCAUAGACCCUUCCUCAUCCUCGAGUCUUCUUCUUCCUUUUCCUCAGAUUUUGAGCUCCCAACGCGCUCUUGGUCUUGUAGCUAGGCCUUGUAAUCCACUUCGACGAGGAUUAUCUAGGUUUUUAUCAAGUCGACAGCUUUUCCGACGAUCCAAAGUUGUCAAGGCAGUAGCAACCCCAGACCCCAUCUUGGAAGUACCUUUAACUGAGGAAAAUGUAGAAAGCGUUUUGGAUGAAAUCCGACCUUACCUUAUGUCUGAUGGUGGUAAUGUGGCAUUACAUGAGAUCGAUGGAAAUAUUGUGCGGGUUAAGCUGCAGGGAGCAUGCGGAUCAUGUCCAAGUUCUACUAUGACAAUGAAGAUGGGUAUUGAGCGUCGUCUAAUGGAAAAGAUCCCUGAAAUAGUGGCUGUAGAAGCUCUUCCAGAUGAAGAGACUGGCCUUGAACUGAAUGAGGAAAACAUUGAAAAGGUUAAAUUUUGGUGCUGGAAGAAAUCAGGCCUUACUUAAUCGGAACAGCAGAUGGAUCGCUUGAUCUAGUGGAGAUUGAAGAUCCAAUCGUGAAGAUAAGAAUCACAGGACCUGCAGCUGGAGUCAUGACAGUUCGUGUAGCAGUCACUCAGAAACUAAGAGAGAAAAUUCCAUCAAUCGCAGCUGUUCAACUUAUAUAGAAACAACAACUCUUCUUGUAUGCUUUGUAUUAGCUCCCUUGUAUAGUUGUUGUGCAUAGAUUAUGUGUUUUGUUGACAUUUGCUAUUUGUCCUCAAAUAAGUUUUCAACAUUUUUGUUUUACUUAGAAAAAAAGUCCUUAUUAUUUACUUGAGAGCAGAGACUUAUUUGAUUC